GAGGGAGAGGAAAAUAAUCAAGCGGUGUGUUAUGAGUGAGAUUUUUUUAAACAAGUGUGUUCAAGAGUAAAGAACAACGACAGGGAUCUGAUCGAGGCUCCUGAAAGCACUACCCCAGCACCUUCAUGUCCCGUUUCUCGUCGUUACCGAGUGAAAAGAGCCAGUCUCCUGUGAGCACACGUCUUUACUGAGAUCCCUCGACACACCACUACAUCUUCCCAUCCCUCGGCGCUACCACAUCGUACUGCUUCGCUGGUUGGCAGUCCCUCUCACCCUGAGCCAGGAUGAAUGAUGUUCUGGAGGCCAUCUCCCCGGCGACCAGCCUCAGCGGUCCGGCUACCUGUGUGUCCAAAGUAGAGCUGCGUGUUUCUUGCAAAGGCCUGCUGGACCGAGACACGCUGAACAAGUCAGACCCAUGUGUCAUACUCAUGGUGCAAAACAACGGACAGUGGACAGAGCUGGACAGGACAGAAGUGAUCAAGAGCAACUUGCACCCGGUCUUUGCCAAGGUUUUCUCAUGGGACUACUUCUUUGAGGAGGUUCAGAAGCUACGAUUUGAAGUCUAUGACAUCCACGGCACUCACAGCAUCGGGACCCGAGAUGAUGACUUCCUGGGUGGGAUGGAGUGUACUCUUGGCCAAAUUGUGGCCCAAAAGAGGAUGGUGAAGCCUUUGUUGCUAAAGUAUGGGAAAUAUGCCGGCAAAUCUACCAUCACAGUGCACGCUGAGGAAAUUUCAGGCAACAACGGAUACGUGGAGCUUUCCUUCUGUGCCAAGAAGCUCGAUGAUAAGGAUAUCUUCAGCAAAUCUGACCCUUUUCUGGAAAUAUACCGAAUCAAUGACGAUCUAUCAGAACAACUCGUGCACAGAACUGAGGUGAUUAAGAACAACCUGAAUCCUGUGUGGGAGCCAUUCAAAGUGUCUCUCAUAUCUCUGUGCAGCUGUGAUGCAGAACGUAAGCUCAAGUGCCUCGUGUGGGAUUAUGACUCCAGAGGGAAACACGACUUCAUCGGCGAGUUCUAUGCCACUUUCAGGGACAUGCAGAACAUUUCCAGUGGAAAUAAGGUGACAUGGGACUGUGUGAAUCCUAAGUACAAACUGAAGAAGAGAAACUAUAAAAAUUCAGGAGUUGUCAUCCUCAGUAACCUUAAGCUCCACAGAGUGUACUCCUUCUUAGAUUACAUCAUGGGAGGAUGCCAGAUUCACUUUACGGUUGCCAUUGACUUCACAGCCUCCAAUGGAGACCCGAGGAACAGCUGCUCUUUGCACUACAUCAACCCUUACCAGCCCAACGAGUACCUGAAGGCUCUGAUAGCAGUGGGGGAGAUCUGUCAAGACUACGACAGUGACAAAAGAUUUUCAGCUUUGGGGUUUGGUGCCAGAAUCCCUCCAAAUUAUGAGGUGUCACAUGACUUUGCCAUUAACUUCAACCCAGAGGAUGAUGAAUGUGAAGAGAUCCAAGGAGUGGUUGAGGCGUACCAGAACUGCCUUCCUAAGAUCCAAUUGUACGGCCCGACCAAUGUUUCUCCCAUCAUUAACAGGAUAGCCAAACUGGCAGCAGGCGAUGGCAACAUUAAAGACGCCUCUCGAUACCACAUCCUGCUCAUCCUCACGGAUGGUGUUGUGACGGACAUGGCAGACACACGUGAAGCGAUUGUGCGAGGCUCCUACCAGCCUCUCUCCAUAAUUAUUGUUGGAGUGGGCAAUGCAGACUUCACAGACAUGCAGAUUUUGGAUGGAGAUGACGGAGUCUUACGUUCACCGAAGGGCGAGCCAGUCCUCAGGGACAUUGUGCAGUUUGUGCCCUUCAGAGACUUCAAAACGGCUUCCCCUGCAGCCCUGGCCAAAUGUGUUCUUGCAGAGGUGCCCAAGCAAGUAGUGGAGUACUACAGCCAUAGGGCCAUCUCCCCAAUGUGUCCAAUUAGUGAGUCACUGACCCCCGUCCUCACCCCUAUUGCCACCACCCCAACAGAAUAAAACCCCAGCCUGCUCCUGGGACCAACCUUUGAACACAGCAUCAGUCCAGAACACUGAGAGGGAGAAAGGACGCAUGCCUCGCAAUUUUGGACAAUUACUGAAUUUCUAAAUGUGUUGUUACUCAUUUAUUUCAUUCUUCACAAGUGUUUACAUAAGGACAGCACUACAGAGGCUGUUGGUUACAUGUGUCUGUUCGAUGUGGAUCCAGCGUUGUUCUCCCUGGCUGUGAAAACCUUGACCAUCCAGCAGCUUCAGUAUCAGUCCUGGAGGAUUGUGUUGUUUUUUACCCCACAUUUGUAUGCAUGCAGGCCAAUCCCUCAGUACUGACCCAUCCAGCGGAUGCAGACUUAAAAUUCCUCACUGCUCAAGACAUUCAGCCCCUCUACCCUCUCUAUUAUGUUACUGUUUUGCUUAUUUGACAUCUUCAGGUACUUUUGAAGAUAAUCUGUACAGUACUGUAUGUUGCAAUCAAAAUGAUAUUGCUCAACUUGAAAAUACUGACAACAUU